GCAGCUGUGCUGUGCUGAAAAUCCGCCACCAUUCCUUUCCUAUUUUGCAAAUAGUUCUCCGCAGUCAACGCCAAUCCCACCUUCAGAUCAAAGUGAAUAACAAUGUUUAACUGAAAAGAAAGGAUUUUGGUGGGUUAUUACUAUGAAGGCGCUUAUUUUGGUCGGAGGGUUUGGAACCCGAUUGAGGCCAUUGACCCUUAGCAUGCCAAAACCUCUGGUGGAUUUUGCUAACAAACCCAUGAUCUUGCAUCAGGUUGAAGCUCUCAAAGCCGUUGGAGUUACUGAAGUGGUUUUGGCCAUCAAUUACCAACCAGAGGUCAUGUUGAAUUUCUUGCAAGAAUUUGAGGAAAAACUUGAUUUGAAAAUCACCUGCUCACAAGAGACUGAACCACUUGGAACGGCAGGGCCUCUAGCUCUAGCUAGAGAUAAAUUGAUAGAUGGCUCUGGUGAGCCCUUUUUUGUCCUCAAUAGUGAUGUUAUAAGUGAGUAUCCUCUAAAAGAAAUGAUUGAGUUUCAUAAAGGCCAUGGGGGAGAAGCAUCCAUCAUGGUAACCAAGGUUGAUGAGCCAUCGAAAUAUGGUGUUGUGGUUAUGGAAGAAGCUACUGGUAAAGUUGAAAAGUUUGUUGAGAAACCACAAAGAUUUGUGGGUAACAAGAUCAAUGCUGGAAUCUAUUUGUUGAACCCAUCUGUUAUUGACCGAAUUGAACUGAGACCCACCUCGAUUGAGAAAGAGGUAUUCCCAAAGAUUGCAGCUGAGAAUAAGCUUUAUGCAAUGGUGCUACCUGGAUUUUGGAUGGACAUUGGACAACCAAAGGAUUAUAUUACAGGCUUGAGAUUGUACCUGGAUUCAUUGCGAAGGAAAUCAUCCCCAAAGUUGGCAGCUGGAUCUCAUAUUAUUGGAAAUGUUCUGGUGGAUGAGAGUGCUGUAAUUGGAGAUGGAUGUCUCAUUGGACCAGAUGUAGCCAUUGGCCCAGGAUGCAUUAUUGAGUCUGGGGUUAGAUUAUCACACUGUACAAUAAUGCGUGGAGUUCGAAUCAAGAAGCAUGCUUGCAUCUCCAAUAGCAUUAUUGGCUGGCAUUCAACAGUUGGUAGGUGGGCUCGGGUGGAAAACAUGACGAUCUUAGGAGAAGAUGUUCACCUUGUUGACGAAGUUUAUAGCAAUGGUGGUAUUGUCCUGCCUCACAAGGAGAUAAAGACUAGCAUUUUGAAGCCUGAUAUUUUCAUGUGAUCAUAAUGGUGAAAACCGGCAGGGCAUUUGUUGAGUAUGAUACUGCAAUUUGGCUUGCUACCUUCCUUUUUUUUUUCUUCCUCCUCAGCUGUUGUAUCAACCGCAUCUGGAAUAACAGUCAGUAGUAGACUGAACCAAAAAGUGUUUUUACCUGGUCAUGUUUUCUGUUGAUGGAAUGAUACAGUAGGCAAUCCUAGGAUAGAGAUAGUAUAUGAUUUGUUUCUGUUGGAUGCUAAUGUCCAAAGAUCAGGGUACAAAUUUUAAAGUGGAUUGCAUAGAUAAUAUAUACUGCAAGUGUAG